AUGCUGAUGGAAAAUGUAGAGUCAAGCUUGCCUCCCCAGCGUCUCAUCUCGUUAUGCAUAUCAGCUGAUGUUACUCUUCCCGUAAUACGAGGUCAGGUCAACGUGUCCAUUGUAUCGCAGGUUGAAUGGGCAGGCAGACCGGUGGUUGGGCCUCUCCUGUUCCAGCGAAAGACCAAGGAGUCGAACUUGCUCUACUCUGAAGAAACUCCGGCCGAGUGGCAGAGGCUGAUAAGGCGCCAGAAAGUCAGAGGAGUCUUCAUGGUGGAAGAAGUCAGACACUUCAACCUGAUACAGAGAGAUUACAUCAACGCGUUUGCUGAAGGAGAAGAAGUCGGGAGGUACGUGGACACUCGCAUCAACGCAGGCACGGUCGUGGACCCCCGCGGCCACAAGGAAGGCAAACGGAACCCCGAUUUGUGGGGAAUCAAGGACAACAACUACAUGUGGACGAAGCGAUACAUCCACCCCGAUCUGCUGAGGAUUAUUAGGAAGGAGGUGGAGCCGGAGGAGAUCGCGGCCUACCUGUACUACGUGCCCUUCUACUCCGAGGCUUUCUGCAGGGAAAUCGUCGAAGAGAUGGAAUACUACGGGAAGUGGCAGGAUGGAGAGGAGGACACCAGGGACGUCGCUCACCAGUACACGAGCAGAAACAUCAACCUCGAGGACAUCGACUUCGACUCCGAGUACUUCGUCAUCCUUAAUAGUUUGCAUAAGGAACUUUUAGCUUCUCUCUAUAGCGACUACAGAGCGUAUGCGGAGCCUUCCCUUAUCUUCGUGUUAAAAUACGCAGAUAACACCAAGUAUAACACAUUCAAGUAUCACCUGGACGGCGCUUCGUACACGUACAACAUAGCACUCAAUAAUGACUUCACUGGCGGAGGACUAGAGUACCGCAUGGGCAACAGAUACUUCGGCGAGGAAAAGGAGUUCCACGUUCCCCACAACAGGACCGGAUGGGCGGUUAUCCAGCCCAACCGGCCUCUCCACGUGCACAGGGGAGUGCCACUCGAAUCUGGCACUCGCUACGCUAUGAUCAACAUCAUCGAAACCAACGACGCAGGCAGUAAAGGCGGCCCGACGUGGAUCGUGUCAUGAGAUGUGUUCAAGAAAAGAGAGAAAAAAAACAUGUUUACCAUUAAAAAAACAAACAAACAAACAAUAAAAAAAAUGUGGAUUAGGAUAGUUUGAAAGUAAAUCUAAUUUGUUGAUGUGGAUAAAAAAAAAAAAUGUAUAAAACUGUAUAAUUGGUAUUUUUAACUAUCUGUUUUGAGUGAGGAUUUAAUUGUGGUUUAAAAAAAGAAAAUGGAAUUGGUAU